GUUUAAUAAAAAGCUUAUUAUAUAUUUAUAUGGACCAACAUAUUUUUUUAAGGAUUCUAAGAAUGAUUGUGGUGAUGACAUGUGGCUACAAAAAUAUGUUGUAAUGCUUCUCUUUUAAUAUAUAUAGGAAACAAAUCUUCUUGACCAAAUACUAUUUUUUUUUAAUAGCAUCAGUCAAAGUAAAAAUGGUGAAUAAGAAAACCCGCAUCUUUCUAAUUUUCUCCCAAAUAUUUUGAUAAAUUGGAGAAGGUUUCUCCGGUCACCGGCUUCUCGCGGUGAUGAGACUACCUCUCCCUCUCCUUUCUCUUCCUUUACUUUGGACCAUGGGAGAAUCCAACAACUUAGAGCAUGUUUAUUGCUAAACUCUUAAGCGGGCCAUAAUGAAGAGAAAAUUAAGUGGGCCAAAAAGAAGAGAAACAGAAAGAGAAAAAAAUAGAAACAAAGAUAAAAAGCAGCGGAAGCAACGACCCUUCUAGUGUUUAACUAAGGUACACCCUUUCUUUUUUUUUUUUCCUUUUUUUCUUUUAAUUACAAAAUAUCCUAAGCAACCCACUUAAACUACUGCAAUAAACAUGUUCUUAUUUUGAUAAAAAAAUGCUCUUAUUAAGUGGCAAGCAUUAUAAAAAUAGUUACAUUAAGGGCAUUGAUACAAAUUUCAAGAUAAUUAUUAAAGAGAAAACAAAAAAAUUAGUGUGUGCACAUGCCACACCUAGUCCUGCUCUGCGUCGGCCCCUGCUUUGGACUAACGUUUUAAUCUUCUUUGGUGCAUUGGUUCUCCCUUCAGCGUCGUUCCAAUAAAUCUCUCGCACGGCAAAUCUGUGUGAGAACCCUUCGUUCUGGUUUCUCGUCAGCUUUAAUGCUUAUUGCGAUCACCACUUGAAGACGGUGGAGAGGUGGCUGGAGACCCCGCAAGUUAGGCAUCGAGAUUUAGGGUUUGUCGUUCGAGUGUUGAAGGUGUUUGUGACGGCAGAUCUAGGAUUUGAGGAUGGUGGGUCCUCGAGAUUUGUAUCUUGUCCGGUGUGUACCCCUCUCUGAUUGGUGGAUUGAAUGGAGGUAGAUGACUCUUCUUGGACUUGAGAGAUGGCUAGGCUUGACUGUCGGCAGAUACUAAGGUUACAAGAGUCGGUUUUCACCAUGGAAAUCGACGUUGUGGCCGUGGGACCGGUGGUGACUCACGUUGAUGAUAUGAAGCCGACGGAAGCUUCAGUAGGAAUUGGACGACCCAAACACAAUAAAGUUACACAAAUAAGAUUAACUAAUCAUCGGUCCAAAUCGGAGUUGGAGGCCUUGGCUUCCAUGUCUGUCUUCCUCCCACUUUCCUUCUUCUUUGGUUUCCUUAGAUAUGUUUGUAGUUUAGUUCUGUUUCACUGAAACACCAGAUGUGCUGUUCCGAUAUCCAUUUGAAGACGAUUUUAAUAUAAAUAUAAUAUUAAUAAAUAAUAAUAAAAAUACAAUUCCUUAAAAUGCACAUUUAUAACAAUUUAAAAUAUUAAUGUAAACAAACAUUUAAAAAUUUGUUAUUAUUUUAUGUGUAUGAUACAAAUUGACUAUUUACUUUGAAAAUAAAAACAUCUAACAUUAUUUUAGUAUAUUAUAUUUGAAGUUUGAUUAAAACAUAAUAUUACAUAUAUUUUAAUUUAAAUAUAUAUAAAAUUAAAGUGAGUUUUGAUUUUUGCAUAAAUAUACAAACCUUAGAUUUAUACAAUAUAUAGCUCAUUUAAAUGGGCCAAUAUAUCUUGGAAAAAAAACAAUAUUAUGUUGUGUUUCAAAUUUUUUUUUGUUAAUAUGUUAAUAUAGACAAAGCUCAAAAUAGUUGUAACAGUUUUUCUUUGGAAGAAACAUGUGUAUGUAGCUUCUAAACUUAAUUAAUUUAUUACGAAUAAAAUUUGAUUUAUGGUUAAAAAUAUAUUUUAUGAAUCUUCGGAAUGUACAUAGAUACUUACGAUAAAUUUGUGGGAUUACAUAAUCUUUGAAAAAUACUAUAUAAAAUUCGUUUUUGAGUGUAAAUUAGAUUUAGUACAAUUUUUAUUUUGGUUUAAUAAAUGACGAUAAUUAGAGAUAUAAAAUAGAAUAUCACUGAUUUGUUUGAGACAUACAUGGUAUCAAUUAUGGUGAAAUAUAUAUAUAGGAACUGUUUCUGACAAUAUCUAUAUAUAUGGGAACUUAAGAAUAUAUGCAGAAUGAAGUGAAAAUGAAAGUUAAAAAAAAAUUAUUUGUUUAAUGUAAUUAUAAUUUUAAAAGGCAAUGUCAUUUCAUUAUGUAAAAAAUUGGUUUGAAAAACUGUGCAAUAAAAAUGUUAAAAAAGGUUAGUUCUAUUUUGUACAUCUUUGUACAUCAAUUUUAAUAAGACAGAUGACCGUUUUGGAAAUAAAAAAAGUAUAACUUAAUAAUAUAUGAAUGUUAUUUAUUCUUCUAUAAAUAGAAAAAACAAAAAACAAUCUUUAUUUUAAAGGAGGAAAUAAAGAUGAGUUAGAGCACUUUCUCCUCUAUUAUAUCAUUUAGAUAUAAAUAUAACAAUGAAGUUAAAAUGCCCUUAUAAUUGUUAAAUUAUUAUUAUUAAUUUUUUCAUGUGAAAUUUUUGAUCAUUUUGUUCAUGGUUGAGAUACACCAAGAUAACAUCAAUGCAUCUCAACUUACACGAAAAAUUCAUGAAUUUGCAACAAAAAUGUCAUCAUAUUGCGAAUAGAGUAUGCUCUAUGUAAGUCACCGCAAUUUCAUUGCAACAAACCUUGUUGUAAUAUUUAUAUGACUUAUACCAUAACAAUAGAGAACUAUUAUUUCUACUACUUCUUUUUGUAAAUGGGAGAAGUUUAGGCAAAAGUUCUAAACUCUCCUAAGUUUAGGAUCAGCUCGCACUAAUACCAUUGACAUGGUGUAAAGCAUCCUUCCUAACAUGAAUCGAAAUAGGAGUAUAAUAGAACCAAUUCCAAUCACUAAACUACCAGCAUAAUGCACUACCAUUUGUUUGGUUUUCUUCUCCAGUUUAAAUCUAAGUUAUAGAAGUUGUUUAUUUUUGUGAAGAGAAAUUUUCAUUUUUUCAGGGGCAGAUUUUUAUCAAACAUAAAACAAUUUUGGAGCCCCAAAAACACACAAUCGUAAGAUCUUUUUAACGAGUUCUAAUGUUUAAGUUAGAAGGCAAAUAAGAAAAGAGAGAUUAUGGAAAGCAAGCUAUUUAUAAUUUUUUUCUGGCAUGAGGUUGCAUGAUUGUUCGGAUCCAUGGUUUGUAGGUUUGAUCUUAGAUCUAUUCAAUACUCAACAACUCUCCCACCAAUUUUUGAUUUAGAUAUGUCAGCUGCUUGACAAAACCUUAUUGUUGUCUCAAUGUACUAAUAAAAUGUAGCAAAAUAGGUACGAUAUGUCCAUCUCUCAUACUUUUAUCUUUUCUAGGUACCAAAAAUUACUUUUUAUCAAGAGUAAAUUGGCUCAAAAUAGUAAAAGAAUUUGGAUAUUAAGAAUUUGCUUAACACAGUAAAACUUUGGAGCAAAUAGUGAUGAUGGAGUGAGCAAAAUAACGAUUUUAUCCCCAUUUGCAAAGAUCUCUCUUACAGAUUUAAUCAUAUCUACAGUAGCUUCCAUGCUCGAUAGGAAUACUAUGGUCAUAUAAAGAAAAGGACAAUGCCCAACAGUGUGUUUAUGUAGAUCACUACAUAUGGUAAAUUGUAUGGAUAGGGAGUGCAAAUACUUUUUUAUCAAUUACAUGGGCGUUAACUGGAUGAUAAGAGAUGAAUAUAUUUCAGUUUUGUUGAUACAAUAAGGGUACAAAUUAUAAAUGGAUUUGAUAAUAUAAGCAGAGGAAUAAAAGUGCGGUACUGUUAACAGUUACGUUCAUGCGAUAUGUGGAGUAAAUAGGGUUUUGAUAUAAAAAUUAGCGUGGUUUUGAUAAAAAAAAAAUUAUGCAAUUUUGAUAGGAAAAUAGUACAGUUUUUAGUAACAAUUAAUAUAAAAUAAAACAAUUUCGUAAAAUUAGAAAAUUUUGGAUAAUUCCUACAAAUAUAAUACAAGAUAAUAUUGUUUCACGUGUUAUACAAAACAAGUGUGAGGUUUAUAAAUAAUAUGGUGCAAUUGCGUUAACUGUAAAAAUAUUGAUCUUAGAGAUAUUUUCAAAUUGGCAGAAAUUGAAUUAUUAUUUUGGACUGAGGCACAUGCAACAUUCACCCAAAGGGUCAACCAAUCUAGGAAUCUGGAGGUAACAAGUUUACCUUUGAUACCGGGAAGAUGGAGUUUUAUGGAUGGGUCAUGGAGAAAUCAGGAUGAUUAUUCGGGACAAGGAUGGCAUAGUACGCUAGAAAGUUUUGAUGGACUGAUGGAGGGCAAGGAAUACGAGAGCCAGCCUAUCACCCCUUCAUGCGGAAAUUGAAGAGCUCAUAUGGGCAAUGAAAUGUAUGAGGAAUUUAUGAUAGUUUCAUGUCACAUUUUCAACGGAUUGCUCUCAAUUGGUGUAGAUGGUUUCGAGACCAGAAGAAUGAUAUGUCUUUGCAAGUUAUUUUGGAAGAUAUCAAGAUCCACAAAGGAAGUUUCAGUCUCUCAAAACUCAUAGAUCUCGAACGCUGAAUAAAAGGGCGGCCAAUCUUCCACGCAGUGCACAGAAACCACUGUCUUUUAUCGUUAAUAUGGAAGCGGAGUUACCAGUUUGGUUUGCAGAGUCUUAGUUGAGUCUGUUCAUGUUAAUGAUAAAAAAAUAUAAAAAUGAGUGAACUUUUGAUCAUAUUUUAAAAUAAAGAGAAAACCAAUUUUUUUUGUACUGACAAAUAUUAUUUGUUUUGCAGUAAAAAUUGCAUAAUGAAUCAACAUAUAUGUUUUUAUAAUAUACUAGUUUUUGACUCGCGCUUUCAAAGCACAUGAUAUAUUAAGUUGUGAAAAUCUAAUAAAACAUAUCAAAUAUUUUGUUCGGAGAAACCGUCACAUUUAAAGCCGUUACAUUUGGGAACUACCCAUUUAAACGCCGCCUCAAACCCAUUUCAUUUUUGGUCCAUUCAUAUAAGCGUUAUCUAUUUAGAAACAAUCUCAUAAUUUAUAAAUAUAUUUGUAUAUUAAAAUUUUAAUUUAUGUAUAUCACUGUAAUGAAAAGUUUAUUAUGUGAAAGCUAUUUACAAUAUAAGGAUGACCAAAUCUUGCAUGAUCAUAUAGUUUCAUUAUUUUAGUGAAAAUAAAAUCAUGUUAUUAUAAUGUAGAUACAAAAAUGCGAGAUAAUAGCUUUAACUAUAAUUAAUCAAUUAUUAUUGUUAGAUAUAAAAAACAGAAAUAUUUAGUGAUUUACCGUUAUAAAUUUAUGUGCAAAUCUCUAACAAUUAAAUUUCUUAAUGGUCUUAGCGGGAAACAUAGUCAUUAUAACAUAUUUAUAUGUAAAAUAUAUUUCACAUAUAUGUUGUGAAACUAAUAUUAGAAAUUAUAUUGUAAAAAAGAACAUAGAGGGAUAUUCUAAAUUAUUUUCGAGAUAUGUACAUUGAUUUUAUUUAUUUAUUGGUAAUAAAAAAAUAUAACAUGAUUUACAAAAACAGAUUGGUGGUUCUACGAUUUUCUCUCAAUUAUAAUAUUUUAAUAAUAUCUAAAGUGAAUAUUCAUAGAUGCUAAUAUUUCACAAAAUAUAGAAAAACUAUCUUAAAAGUAAAAUCAAAGAAUAUAUUAUUAUUAUUUUUUUUGCUGAAAAGAAGAAUAUAUUAUUAAAAAUAUCUUGUCUUGCAAAUUGUAAACAGUUUUAAAAUUAGUCAUUUAAAUCCGGGAAAAGAUGUAAUUAUAUGAUGAAAAUACUAUUUGAGCUUUAAUAUAAUUUUUCAAAAAAUUUGAUGGAUUAUAUUCGUUAAUCGUAGAUCCACCAAUCUGUUUCUAACAAAUUUGAUGGAUUAAAUUAUGAUGUUUCAAAGUCUUACCAUAAAAUUGUAUCUUUAAUAUCAGUCAUCAAUAAUUACUCUAUUUAAAGUCUUACCAUAAAUAAGUUUACCGAGAUUUAAGUUUUGUUUGUUAGAGCACCAUUAACGGCACGCUUUUAUAAAAAAUUCUAACUAAAAAUAUAAUUAAAAAAUAUAAAGGAGAGAGAAUUUUAAUAACACCACAAUCCUAUUGUUUUGUGUAGAAGAUGCUUUAAGAUACUACAAAGCCAAGUGUCAUCUUCUGAUUAACACUUUAACUAAAAUAUUUUUGAGAAAAUAUUGAUAUAUUAUUAUCUAGAUGCUCAAUUUAACAAAUAUACCAUUAAUGAUGCUUUUAGGGUUAAAAUUAAUGUUAUACUCGAAAUAAUUAAUGUAUAGUUUUAAAAAUAAAUUCGCUCAUAAACGAGUUGGGUCUAACUUAUUUAUAUGAGUAUUUUAAAUUUAAAUAGUAAUAAAAAAUUUAGUGAGAAAAACACAUCUAGGCCACUAUAAUCCACACCAUAAAUGAACGGGAAAUGAAUCAUGUGCAGUUCGUUCAAGAAAUAGAACAAGCAAAAAACAGCUGCUUUUAACUCUCUUUUUUUUGUAGUUGCGUUCUUGUGUGAAGUACGCACUAUUAAUCACAGUUUGUCUGAAUGGUAACGUUUGUCAUUUCCGCACUUAAACAUUACAAUUCCGUCUCACAAAGCUGUCUCCAAUCGUAAUUCGUAACAUAAAUCAGUCGUGGCCAGAUAGGUGGUAUAUUCAUUCCCAGUCUUACCUCCAACUAGCAUGAAUAUAGAAAAGAUGAUCUCUCAAGUCUUCUUGACCACUCUUCAGUUCAUCCAAUACUAAAAAAAAUACCGUUAUAUUUCUAGGCAAUGGAAAUCUAAAGCUAGGUGACCUAUAUUUUGAUUUCUUAAGCUAUUAAAGUCCAAAAUUCAAUAUUAUUUGGAAUAAGUCAGGCCGUUAAGAUUUAGAGUCCAAUGCUUAUCUAGGAAACUCACACUUGUAAAGAAAACACAUGAACGACAAAUAGUAUAAUUUACUCAUUAUUGAUGAAAACUUAGAUAGUGACUUUUUUUUUUGUAACACACAGAGAUAGUUAUUAGUUGACGGAGCCCGUAAUAAAGAAAAGGAGAGUGACUAAAAUACCAAAGUAUCCUUAACAAUCUGAUGGAACAUGCUUCUAUCCAAUUUUUAUAAUAUAGACUGAAAAAAUAUCGGCGGAGUUGUGAAAACAUAUGUUAUCUUGGAUAAUAAUAAGCUUUUUCCCUUUUAGUAAAAAUCGAAACAAAUCUUACACAUUACUUUGCUUGGUUUAUUGAUGGUGAUGAUGGAGGAUGGAUUCGUUGGGAUGAGACACAUGUUGACUAUUGUUUUCUUGUCUGGCUUCGCCGGAUUCAUGGAAGGCCCCGUGAUUACUGACGUCACCGUCGCCGCCGUUUGCUCUUCACCAGACGACGCAUGUUCUCUAGCCGUCUAUCUCACCGGUUUUCAACAAGUGACAGCCUAAGACAAAAAGGUCAUAUAACUCAUUUUAUGUCGGCCACAAAAUUGAAAUGUGUUCAGUUUAUAAACCGAUUAAAGACAUAAUCUAGUAAGAUAAUGUGUGUUAUUAAUGAAGGCAAUAGGGUUAGGGACGAUGGUGAUGAUGCCAGUAAUUGGGAAUCUAUCAGACAGAUAUGGAAUUAAAGCAGUUCUCACUUUACCCAUGUGUCUCUCAAUCCUUCCGCCUGUCAUUUUAGGGUACAAAAGGGAUACACAUUUCUUCUAUAUGUUUUACAUAAUCAAGAUUCUGACCGCUUUGGUAUGCGAAGGCACCGUGGACUGCCUUGCCUCUGCUUAUGUGGCAGAAAAUAUUCAGGGGAGAACAAGAAUAUCAGCAUUUAGUGUUUUAGCUGGUGUCAAAACAAUGUCUUCUCUUUGUGGAACGUUAGUUGCUCGAUUUCUACCCCUAGCUUUGAUUUUUAAGGUUUCAGCUAUAUCGUUUCUUGUUGCCAUGGUGUACAUGAGAAGUUUCCUAAAGGAAAGGCUAAACAAUGAUGAAAAUGGUUAUCAUCAACAAGAUGACGGUGAUAGUAAUGAUGUUACGAUGUUAGCAGAACCGAUGUUGAACAACACAACAAUUACAACUAGUGCUUUAAACAAGAAACAAUCUUCGUUAAAAGAUAUGAUGAUCUUAAUGAAAACUAGUACUAUCUUCGUUCAAGCAUUGGUUGUUACAUUCUUCAGCAGUUUCUCAGAUAAUGGAAUGCAGUCUGCUUUCUUGUAUUUUCUGAAAGCGCGUUUUGGCUUUGACAAGAACCAGUUUGCUGAUCUCAUGCUAUUGAUUACUAUCGUUGGGUCUAUCUCUCAACUGUUUGUACUGCCAAGAUUUGCUUCAACCAUUGGAGAACGUAAGCUUUUAUCAGCAGGGCUUUUUAUGGAAUUUACGAACAUGGCCGUUGUCAGCAUUUCUUGGGCACCAUGGGUUCCUUAUCUCACCACUUUGUUUGUAUCUGGAGCCAUGCUUGUGAUGCCAUCAGUGUGUGGUAUUGCCUCAAGACAAGUCGGACCCGGUGAACAGGGGAAAGUGCAAGGAUGCAUAUCUGGAGUGAAGUCCUUUGGGAAAGUCGUGGCACCAUUUGUUUUCAGUCCAUUGACAGCGUUGUUCCUCUCGAACAAUGCACCCUUCUAUUUUCCUGGAUUCAGUCUUUUAUGCAUUUCCUUGUCGUCGAUGAUCGGUUUCUUUCAGAGCCUAAUGAUAAAAGAUGUUCCACCGUCACAAUUGAACAAAGAAAUCAACAGCACCUCGAGGGAAGAAGUGUGAUUACAGGAACUUAUUAAAUAUACUAGAGCCGGUGUCCGCGCUCCGCGCGGAUUACAUAUUUAAUUAAAGUAUGUUAAUAUUUGUGUUAAUGGAUUUCUACGUGUUUUCCUGGGAUUAAAACAAUGGUGUAGAGGUGCCGCAUGUUUGUAUAGAAAACGAUCAUCAUCUAAGAAUCUUCAUCACAAAAAUGUUUUUUUUUUGCCAAAGUAUUUAAUUAUUCCUAUAUGUGUCUUCUAGGGGUGAAUAACGAAUCUGUUGAUACAGUUGGGAGCAUGAUUUUUUUAUUAAGAACUAAUUGUGGUUUUUUUCAUAAUUUGUAUUUUUAAAUAAAAAACAUAUUUUACUAAUAAUGUUUAUAUUUGUUUUAUUAGAGUUUUGUAACUAUAAAAUGAACAAAAAUAUCUUUAUUUAGUACUUAUAUAAAAUUAUAUAGAGAUAGAUUAUUAAUUUAUGAUUCUGAUGGGACUAUAUAUUAAUUUGGAACAAAUAUUAAGCAACUCAAUUAGAUUCUUGCAAACCAGGAGAAAAGGAGUGGUCGGUCAUGUCGUCUGUAUUUUUACCUUUUCCCAAGUUUUUAAAACGUUUCGUAGCAAUAAACAAAAAUCAAAACGUAGCAUUGUAUUUAUAUAUUUGGAAUCUUAUCAGAUAAGAUGUAACUUUUCUUUUUUUUUGUGCACUUCAAAUUUAAUAAGAUGUAAAUAGUCAAAAAUAUAAUAUAUAUAUAUAUAUAUAUAUAUAUAUAUAAAACAUAAUUUGUAUUUUAUAUUUGUUUUAUUAAAGAUUUGGAUUAAAGUAUUUAAUUAAUAUAUCAAUACUAAUAAUGUUUUUGAUUCAAAAAUGCACUUGUAAAUUCAAAAUACCUCCCAUAAGCGGAAGAUCUUUGGCGGUUGGUUUGACCAUGGUAUUGAGGAACAAUCAAUCCUUAAACAAAGGAAAGAAUAUUUAAAUGUUAGGCAAAGUGAAAUGGUUUGAUAAUAAAAAUAGUGAAAAAGGUCUCAAUGGAUAAAAUCGAACCAUGAGAUUAAUUACAAACUAAAAUCUUAUAAAGCCAAAAAAAAAACUAAAUAUUUUAUAUGACCGAUAGACGUGAACUACAAUUGUAGUAGCUUAGCAGGCAGGAACUAUUAUAUUAAAUCAAAUUUUUUUGGCGGAGACCAAUAGCUAAAGACGGAAGAUUGUCGGUCUAUGUUUAAUCUUAACCAACUAAAAUCUUAUACGUUUGUUCGCACAGAUUAUCAAUAUGAAUCUAUUAUUAAAACAA